AUGAAAUUCACUGGAAUCACUGCUGCUUUUGCAUUCGCCAGCGCUGUCAGCGCUGUCGCUAUCCCUCGCGGAACCAUCACCCCCUCCCUUGACUCAACCUUGAGCGAACUCAACUCUCUUCUUAACACCGUUCAGCCUUCCCUCAGCAACCUUGUCAACAAUGUCGAGACAGGCCUUGACCUCGCCGCCUUGGAAGCAGACCUCUCCGAGAUCAAGACUCUGAUCUCCGCUCUUGUCGGUGCCCCCGCUAAGCGUGAGGUCGUGCAAGGUGCUACAGAGCUGGCUGGAUAUGCCGUCAACACCGUCGGCUCUGUUGCUGCUCCCGUUGUCAAUGAAGUGGAAACUUUGAAACAGCGCGGCGUCGUUUCUAAUACUGUUGGUGAACUCACCGGCCUCCUUUCCAACCCUGUCAGCGCCGUUAACAGCAUUCUUCCAUUGGCAAACAACCUUUGCAGUGGCAUCGAAAACAACGUUCCUCUCACCCAGACUGUUGGCGAACUCACUGCUCUUACCCAGGGACUUGCUACAUACGCCAGCCUUCCUCUUUCGCUCGUCCAGCUUCCUACAUCCCACUAA